AUGACGACAUCUCUCCCUUCUAUUCAACAAGUUCUCCGCAAAUCAUUUACACUAUCUUUUGUUCUUCUGCCCAGAUCUCGCGAGAGAUUCGCGCGGCUGUUGGCGGGGGACGCGGAUGGCGCGCAGCAGCUCGGCGCGCAGCAGCAGGGGGGGGGUGGGGAGUCGUCCAGGGACGGCAAUGACAGCACGGAUCCGCUUCUGCUGUCUAUCCUGACGUGGCACCAGGACAUCACGUACGCGCUCUGCACGUACACAGACGAGCUCUGCCAGCAGCAUAGGAAUGCCGAGGCUGGGAACGCUGCGGCUGGGAGUGCCGAGGCUGGGAAUGCCGAGGCUGGGAGUGCCGAAGCUGGGAAUACGGAGGAAGCAGGGGCGACAGACAAAGCAGCAGCGGUGACAGAAGAGGGCGGAGGCGAAGCGGACCGCCAGGGUUCGAUUCCUGCCGUCGUCAAAGCAGCAGUUUUGGCGGAACUACAGAGUAACGGGUAUCUCAAGGCAUUCCAGGCGCUUAUAUCCGAGGGUCAAGGUCUGGUUGAGCAGGCGCGGGGGAACUUGGGGGAGCGGGCGGAGGGGGAAGGAUCGGGGGAGGGGGAAGGAACGGGGGCGGGGGAGAAGCGAGGGAAGUUGAUAGCGGAGGGGGGCUGGCGGGGGGAGUUGGCGCUUCCGCUGCUGGAUAUGUUCGGAACGGGCGCUCUGAGCGAUGGCCGCGCUGCAGGCUGGGAGAGACGAGAUAAUGGCGGAGACCAGGGCCAUAGUGGCGGAAUGCACUCAGCUGCAAGCUAUGGCGUGCGGGUGAUUGAUGGGGGAGGGGAGGAGGGGGGGUUAGCGGGCAGCUUCAAGCAAGCAGUCACCCUGCGCCGGCAGUACAGCAAGGGGGAAACGGGGAGCGCCAACUUCAAGCAAGCAGUCACCCUGCGCCGGCAGUACAGCAAGGGGGGCGGCAAGGCACCGGGAGCCAAGAGCGGGAAGGCAGGCGGGACAGUGAGCGCGGGGGCAGACCCGCUGACUGUCUUUGUGGUGGAUCGGAUUCGGCAGUUCUGCAGCUGGGACACCAAGCACGCGCUGCUAGGAGCACACAGCAUCAGCUCCGCCCCCUCCUCCCUCUCCCAAGCGCUCCUCUCUCAAGCGGACACCAAGCACGCGCUGCUAGGAGCGCACAGCAUCAGCUCCGCCUCCUCCUCCGCCUCCUCUUCCAGGCGCUCCUCUCUCAAGCGUCUCACCAGCACGCCUGUCAACACCAACCGCCGCUCCCUCGUGCUCCCCGCCUCCUCCGUUUCCGCCACCUACCCUUCCCCUUCCCCCCCCGUCUCCGUAGCCCCGGCCAGCUCUGUUUCUGCUAACUACUCUUCCUCCCGUUCGUCCCCUCACGCCUCCCCUUCCCCCUCCCCGACCGCUGCUGCCACUGGGGGCGGGGGUGGUGCUGCUGCUGCUGCCAAACCCCCUUCUCCUUCUGCUGCUGCUGCUGCCAAACCCCCUUCUCCUUCUGCUGCUGCUGCUGCCAAGCCGCCUGUUUCUCCUUCUGCUGCCGCUGCUGCUGCAGGGGGUGGUGCUGCAGGGGCAGGAGGAGAAGCAGCAGCAGCAGCAGCAGCAGCAGCAGUCGAACCAGUAACCAGCAGCAUCAGCAACAGCAGCAGCGGCGGCGGUGUGGCCCUAUGGUCCUACGCCCAGCUCCUAGACAUGAUAUGCGAGCACCAGUCAGACGAGCUCCCUGACUGGCAUGAUAUGGCAACAGGCAUGGUGGAAGGGUUGUGGGCGGCUAUACAGGCCAAGGCGCCUCUGGUGGCUUCUGCAGUGGCGGAUUCGAGGGAUGGGGGGGAUGCGGGGAAGAAGAAGGAAGAGGAGGAGAAGAAGGCGAAGAAAAAGAGUGGGUUUUUUAAGCUGGGGGGUGGGAAAGAGGGGAAGGAGAAAGGGGAUGGAGGCGGGAAGGCUGGUGGCGGCGGCGGGGGUAAAGGGGGGAAGGUAUCGGUUCAGGAGAUCUUGAGGGGGUUAUAUCUGUUCAACAAUGCGGCCUACAUUCAAUCUCUGUUCCCCGACCUACGUAUGUCGAAGGAGUAUCGGCAGCUGGCAGACACUCAGAUGAACCGCUUCCUAGACGUGCUGCUGAAAGAUAUGAUGGGGUCAAUAGGUGCACCCACCACGGGCAUUCCUCCUGCCGAGUUCCAGAAAAGACUGGAUGCAUUCAACGGGGCGUUUGAGGAGCUCUGUUUCAACAUGCGCCGAUUCCACGUGCACGACUCGGUGGCGCGCACUCAGAUCCGCGGCCUGUGCCACGAGCGCAUCCUCUCCUCCUACAAGGAGUUCCUCAUGCCCUUCAGGUGCGCCCCUCCCCCCUCCCCACACACCUCUCUUCCUCUCUUCCUCUCCCUCGCAACGUGUGUCACGAGCGCAUCCUCUCCUCCUAUAAGGACUUCCUCAUGCCCUUCAGGUAACCCAAUUCCCCUUUCAGGUAACCUGUCUGUGCUGUUUCAACACCUUCAACCCUCCCCUCCUUCAACCCUUCCCUCUCUGCUGUGUCACGAGCGCAUCCUCUCCUCCUAUCAGGACUUCCUCAUGCCCUUCAGGACUUCCUCAUGCCGUUCAGGUGCUCCUCCCCUCUCUUCCUCUCUUCCUCUCCCCUCUGCUGUGUCACGAGCGCAUCCUCUCCUCCUACAAGGACUUCCUCAUGCCCUUCAGCAGUUCCAAGAGAGUGAUACGCUUGGUAUCGUCCUUCCCCUGCAUCUCCUGCUGCCAAUCCCUUCAUUCCAGGGAGGACCUAUUUCCUCCCCUUUCCUGCUACCCUCCCUUCCCUUUCUCUCCUCCCUUUUUUCUCUUCGUUUGCUGCAGGCAGGGGUGCGGUUUUACAAACACCGCUGUUUGUGCGAGACACUGCAGGCAGUCAUGCCUGCACCACACAGUUCCCUCCCCUUUUCUCCUCUCCCCUCGCCCCCUUCUCUUUCCCCCCCUUCAAUCAUUGCAGGCAGGGUGCAGGUCUACAAGCACGGCUGUCUGUACGAGUCUGCUCCUGCCUAUGUCACGGACCAGCCUUUUUUCCUCAACACGGCCAUCCAGGCCCGCACGACCCUACCCCCCCACGCGCUGCUCUCUCUGCUCAAGUCAAUCGAGUCAACCCUCGGGAGGGACCUCAACCCUCUUACCGCCCAGCGCUUCGGCCCCCGGCCCUUAGAUCUCGAUUUGAUCUGCUACGGAUCUAGAACCAUCCGGCCAGACGAAACCGCUCCUGCUGCUGCUGGUGCUGCCGGUUCUGCUGCCCCUGCUGCUCCUCCUCCUCCUCCUCCUGUUGCUGCUGGUUCCGCUUUUCCAGCUGCUCCUGCUCCCCCUGCGGCUCCUGCCCCCCCUGCGGCUCCUGCUGCUGCAGCUACCCGCACCCCGUUUGAUCUCGAGGUUCCACACCCGCGCGUAGCAGAGAGGCUCUUUGUGCUCGCGCCAGUGAUCGAUCUAUUGGGGUCGGCUCAAGCUGGGGGCGAAGAGGAGACACCCUCUUGGGUGUUUCACCAGGCGUUUGGGAAGGAUAGAGUGCCGGGCCUCUGGAAGAAUCUGGGCGGAGAAGCAGCAGUGGGGGGAACGGACCUGAGGAGGGUAGUUCCCCUUUCCCAGCGCCUAUUUAGAGGGCAGAGCGAGGGGAGGAAGGAAGAGGGGGAGGGUCCCUUGUGGGCGUGGGAGGGGCAGCAGCGGCCUCUGGUAAUGGCGGCAGUGGCAGCGACGACAGAGGCAGCAGCAGCAGCAGCAGCAGCAGCGGCAGUAGCAGCAGCAGCAGCAGCAGCAGCAGCAGCAGCAGCAGCAGCAGCAGCAGCAGCAGCAGCAGCAGCAGCAGCAGCAGCAGCAGCAGCAGCAGCAGCAGCAGCAGCGGCAGUAGCAGCAGCAGCAGCGGCGGCGGCGGCAGUGGCAGCAGCAGCAAAAACAACAACAGCAGUGUAUGUGUGA